AUGACCCUAAGGGCUACAUCUCACGGAGAGCUCCAGGCUUUGGCUUCAUUGAAGAGCCCUGCUUCAGACAGCGGUUUUAGGUCCCUGUCGCACAGCAGCAGCAACAUGGGAGGCCAAUUUGAAAGCAUUGAGGAGAUUAAAGGAGUUUCGAAACCCACGCACCUUCCACGAAGACCCGUACGAGCAGUACGACCUGUCAGUGCUUUCACCACUAGCGGUUCUUUCAUGCAGAUCAACCACCUGCAGGGAGAACUUGUGAGGAAGAGGAAGGAAUGUGAGGAUCUGAAAAAGGAGAACAAGUAUCUGUCUGGUGAAAUCCACAUGGAAAGGAUCAUGAUGAGGACUGAGAGUGAACUUACCAUGAGAAACCUUACAAAUAAACAUUUCUGUCAUCUGUUAUCUCAGCUGAAACAGAAGCUGCAUGUGAGCCAGCAGAGGGCGACACUGUGCUCCAGGGCCGCUGAAGAUGCGGAUCGGGCUCGAGCAGAGGCGGAAAAAAGCAGAGCGCUGGCCGAGAGCCGAGCGCUGGACAACCGGCAGCAGAAAGAGCUCGCAGUGGCUGAUAAAAUACAGCUCGGAGAGGAGCUGCAACUGCUCAGGACUGAGCACAAUGAUGUCCAGCUACUUCUAGCACAAGCUGAAAAGAACUACUUCGAGACCAAGCUGAAACUAGACAGGGUGUCCGGAGAAAAGCAGGCUGUCCUGGAGGAAAACAGAAUACUGGAAGAUGACAGAAACACCUUACGACACAAACUCAAGGAGCUGACGGAGGAAAAUGUGAAGAUAAUGGAAAAGGAAGUGAACUCCAGGCGCAGAGCUCUAGUUGCUGAAGAGCAGAGAGAGAGGGCCAAUAAAGCCCAGCAGGAGGCUGAGCAGGAAAGGCAUUUAUCUGAGCGGGAGAGACAGGAGCGAACCAGAGAGUGUUUGAGCUGGAGAGAGAAACAUCACACUCUGGAUGAAGUCAUCAGAGCCCAGGAGGAGCUCAAGUCUCUGAGACAGAACAAAGGAUGUCAAGCUAACAUAAAGAACUACUUCCUGUGUGUGACUGAAAGUGACCAGAGGGUUAAGAUCCUAAAAAAUCAAGACGGCUCACCAAGGAACUUCACGGAAGGAGAGCCAGUGUACAUCUCCACACCUGACCUCAGUAGUGAUGAUUCAGAGAGGAGUUCAGGGAGCAGGGCGAUGUUUAGGGUAGCAGCACCACGAGCUCGACAGGACACCAGUCCAGCCCAGUUCAGAGAGCUCUCACCACUGGCAGAUUCCCACGAGUCUGGAUUUUCAAGAAGAAACAGGAAAGUGGAAUAUUUCUGGAUCCCCACAGAUGAGGAAUAAUUGUGAAAGCCUAGUGUACAUAAAAAAAAAAGAUUUAGGAUGCGUUCAUAUUUGUCUGGCUUGGCUUGAUUAAAAAUGCUUUGGUAAACUACAUAUUUGAAAUGUGAACACAACAUAGACUGAAGACAUGUAUACAAAUCAAAAACAGGACAUGUCAUAACGCGAAUAUAAAAUGAACAGAGUGCUCAAGCACCCCCAUUUUUGUUGUCAUAAUUAUAGCGUUGCCCAAUAUCGGUCUUGCAAAAUGUUGUCUUGCAGCAGUUUUUGUAUGCAUCAGGAAUACCUGGCACUGUUUUGACUCGUUUUAAACUUUUUACAUUUGAAGCUCUUUGGGAAUACUCCACUGACGAAUGUAGAAACACACACACAAAGAGCAUGUUUAAACUCAUUCAGUCACAAAAUAUAUUAAACAAACUCUGUUUUAUUUUG